AUGAGUGAGCAGAAUAUUGAUAUAGAUUUUCUCAUAUCCUUGGUCCAAGAAAGACCCAUUAUAUGGGAUAAAUCACACGAACAUUACAGUGAUAAAUUUCGUAAAGCGAAUGAAUGGGUAGCUGUUUGUAAAAAAGUAUUUCAAGAUUACGACGAGUUUGAGGACCAAAAAAAGAACAAGAUUGGUAACGAGGUUGUGAAAAAAUGGAGAAGCGUGAAGGACAACUUUUUUCGAUACGUAAAAAAAAUAAAAGAAAACAGUUCGUCUGGAUCAGGGGCAAAACAAUUGAAAAAAUAUCAUUAUUAUCAUCAGUUGCUGUUUUUGAUGAAAGUUGCCCAAAAUAAAACUGACAGUAGCCUUGAAAUGGUGUCUGAAGAAACGGAACGAAAUGAAAACACAUUAUCAUCUUCUCCAUUUCCUACAAAAGAAAUGUCCUCGUUACCCCCAGGUCCUUCUCGCUACGUGCCUGCAAGCCGUAAGAGAUCAAACCAAGCAAUAGAUGAUUUCGAGGCGCAAGCUUUAGAAGCGUUGCAAGAGAAAGAAAACCGCCACUUAUCAUUUUUCAAAGGAAUUUUGCCUUCUUUGGACAGCUUUACGGAAUUACAAACUUUGACGUUCCAAAGCAAAGUUAUAAAUAUCAUUACCGAAAUUCGGUUCGGGGAACAGACUCAAUCAACAACAUUUCAAUCACGCGGAUAUCAAACUGGACAACAGUAUCAAGCAACACCAUUGCAGUCACGCGGAUAUCAAACUGGACAACAUGCCCAGUCACCAUCGCCAUCGUCGUAUCGAACAGACGAAUUCGAAGCUACCUAUUCAACCAACACUACGAUUAAUAAUUUUACUGAUGAUAGUCAAGAAGAAGAUUAUAACUUUGCUUUGUUGUCUAAUAGUAACACUUAA